UGAUUUAGAGUGCGAGGGGCUUGCUUAUGUGUUCAGUUAUGGUUGUGGGGUCCGAUUCGGUGGUUUGUGUUAGAUUUCUUUAUGGUGUAUGCUUAAUUAUAUGAUUUUGGAGUUCGUUCAUUUUUUCGUUCAUUCAUGGAGCUUUAUUGUGCUUCUUCAUUAUGUGUGCCAGGUACUGUGCUAAACCCUGGGGAGACGGCGAAGCGGAAAACAGAGUCUGUGCCCUCCCAGAUUUUAGUCCUACUUGGUCACUUCACGUAUGUACCUGCGGUUGUAAGUUGAGAUGAGUGCUGUGAAGGAAAGGUCCAUUCUGAUGCUCUGAGUGUCUUACAAGUAUCAAGAACUUACUAUAUGUGGUUGAAUAAACAAUCAAGGUAAAGAGCAUCAAGUAAAAACUUCUGCUUGUUGAUAAGUACUUCAGACAUUCCCCCAGUGGCUAAAGUGGCAUAUGAAUUAUGAAGUUGGAUCAUUUGGAAUGAAUGUAAGAGAAUUGCCAAGGGCUCCUCCUACUCCAGAGAGGAAACCUCAUCCAGGGCCAUGAAGCCACUUCCUCGCCAUCUGUGUGCUGCUUGAUUAAGCUAAUGCUGCGGGAACCAUUCUUCCUUGGGAGGAAUCAAGCUGACUCUUGGCAUGAGAUCCCUGCCUUCCUAGGGUUGAGAGUGGCACCGCCAUGGCUUCUCUGGAUGACCCAGGGGAAGUGAGGGAGGGCUUCCUCUGCCCUCUGUGCCUGAAGGAUCUGCAGUCUUUCUAUCAGCUUCACUCACAUUACGAGGAAGAACACUCGGGGGAAGACCGUGAUGUCAAAGGGCAAAUUAAAAGUCUUGUCCAGAAGGCUAAGAAAGCAAAGGACAGGUUGUUGAAACGAGAAGGGGAUGAUCGAGCAGAGUCAGGGACCCAAGGAUAUGAGUCUUUCAGCUAUGGAGGGGUUGAUCCUUACAUGUGGGAACCCCAGGAGCUUGGUGCUGUGAGAAGCCAUCUUUCCGACUUCAAAAAACACCGAGCUGCUAGAAUUGACCACUAUGUUGUGGAAGUCAAUAAAUUAAUAAUCAGGUUAGAGAAGCUCACAGCAUUUGACAGAACAAAUACUGAGUCUGCAAAGAUUCGAGCAAUAGAAAAGUCUGUGGUGCCUUGGGUCAACGACCAGGAUGUCCCUUUCUGUCCAGACUGUGGGAAUAAGUUCAGCAUCCGGAACCGCCGCCACCACUGCCGCCUCUGCGGGUCUAUUAUGUGCAAGAAGUGUAUGGAGCUCAUCAGCCUUCCCUUGGCAAACAAGCUCACCAGUGCCAGCAAGGAGUCCCUGAGCACCCACACCAGCCCCAGCCAGUCACCCAACAGUGUCCAUGGCUCCCGCCGAGGCAGCAUCAGCAGCAUGAGCAGUGUCAGUUCGGUCCUGGAUGAGAAGGACGAUGACCGGAUCCGCUGCUGUACACACUGCAAGGACACACUGCUCAAGAGAGAGCAGCAGAUUGAUGAGAAGGAGCACACACCCGACAUCGUGAAGCUCUACGAGAAAUUACGACUUUGCAUGGAGAAAGUUGACCAGAAAGCUCCAGAAUACAUCAGGAUGGCAGCAUCAUUAAAUGCUGGGGAGACAACCUACAGUCUGGAACAUGCCAGUGACCUUCGAGUGGAAGUGCAGAAAGUGUAUGAGCUGAUAGACACUUUAAGUAAGAAGAUCUUAACCUUGGGCUUGAACCAGGACCCUCCACCACAUCCAAGCAAUUUGCGGCUGCAGAGAAUGAUCAGAUACUCAGCUACACUUUUUGUGCAGGAAAAGUUGCUUGGUUUGAUGUCACUGCCAACCAAAGAACAGUUUGAGGAACUGAAAAAGAAGAGGAAGGAGGAAAUGGAGAGGAAGAGGGCUGUGGAGAGACAAGCUGCCCUGGAGUCCCAGCGAAGGCUUGAGGAAAGGCAGAGUGGCCUGGCUUCUCGAGCGGCCAACGGGGAGGUGGCAUCUCUCCGCAGGGGCCCUGCCCCCUUGAGAAAGGCUGAGGGCUGGCUCCCACUGUCAGGAGGUCAGGGGCAGAGUGAGGACUCAGACCCGCUCCUCCAGCAGAUCCACAACAUCACAUCAUUCAUCAGGCAGGCCAAGGCCGCGGGCCGCACGGAUGAAGUGCGCACCCUGCAGGAGAACCUGCGGCAGCUGCAGGACGAGUAUGACCAGCAGCAGACAGAGAAGGCCAUCGAGCUGUCCCGGAGGCAGGCUGAGGAGGAGGACCUGCAGCGGGAACAGCUGCAGAUGUUGCGUGAACGGGAGUUGGAACGAGAAAGGGAGCAGUUUCGGCUGGCAUCCCUGCACACACGGACUCGGUCCCUGGACUUCAGAGAAAUCAGCCCUUUUCAGCUGGAGCCCAGUAGAGAGCCUCGCACCCACCUUGCUUAUGCUUUGGAUCUAGGCUCUUCCCCAGUUCCAAGCAGCACAGCUCCCAAGACCCCUUCACCUAGCUCAACUCAAUCCAGCAGAGUGUGGUCUGGGCCCCCCGCCGUUGGCCAGGAGCUCUUAACCCAGAGCAGCGUGCCACAGCAACAUGAGGGGCCCUCGUUAAACCCCUUUGAUGAGGAAGACCUCUCCAGCCCCAUGGAAGAGGGCACUACUAGUCCUCCUGCUGCAGGGGUUUCCUUAGACCCUUCAGCCCGCAUCCUGAAAGAGUACAAUCCUUUCGAGGAAGAGGACGAGGAGGAGGAGGAGGCAGUGGCAGGGAAUCCAUUCAUUCAGCCAGACAGCCCAGCUCCUAACCCCUUCAACGAGGAAGACGAACAUCCCCAGCAGAGGCCCUCAAGCCCUCUGGUUCCUGGCAACCCCUUUGAGGAACCCACCUGUACCAACCCCUUUGAGAUGGACAGUGACAGUGGGCCAGAGGCUGAGGAGCCCAUAGAGGAAGAGCUCCUCCUGCAGCAGAUAGAUAACAUCAAGGCAUACAUCUUUGAUGCCAAGCAGUGCGGCCGCCUGGAUGAGGUAGAGGUGCUGACAGAGAACCUGCGGGAGCUGAAGCACACCCUGGCCAAGCAGAAGGGGGGCACUGACUGACCAGCAGUGGAGAGGGCACCUUUGGGCCCAGGGGUCUGGCAGGAGCCAGUGGAGCAGGACAGAGGGCAGGCGGGAUGGAUGGGGAAGGUGGCAGGGUGAGAACUCAGAUGCACACAGGUGAGGGGCAGGAAUCUGCUGUUUUGUGUUGCGCACUUUGAGGUAUUUCCACUACAGUUGAAUAAUAAAAUAGAAACUAGAACAGGGAGAAUCAGCA